AGAGACGCUGACUGUGCCAACAUGAACAAGGUUCUGGUUGCUGGUGUCACGCUCGUAGUAGCAGUACAUUUCAUGAUGACAGCUGGAUUCCCCACUUCAUGGGCUGCCCCUCCAGAACCUGAUGACGACGGUCACCAUGGCCACCACCACAAUGAUGAAUACGAUCACCAUCAUGACGAUCACCAUGGCCACCACCACUAUGAUGAAUACGAUCACCAUCAUGACGAUCACCACGGUCACCACCCUGAUGAUCACCACGACCAUCAUGACGAUCACCACGGUCACCACCCUGAUGAUCACCACGACCACCAUCAUGAUGACCACCACGAUCGUGACGAUUACUUGCACCAUGGCUCCCCUCCUGUAGGUUACAUAUGAUGAUCAGUUGUAAGAACCGUCUUUAUUCACAGAGAAAGUAAAUAUUACGUGCCACGACCUGCUUCAUGUUUAAUGUAUAUCUUCAGAUGCUUUAACAUGUGUAUCUGACUUUAUAG